AUGGCACCGUCUACCAGAAAUGCAGCCCGUCGUGGUGCUACCGGUACUGGCACUCAUGACCCCACAGUGUCUGGCACCUAUGUCAUGCACACACGCAGUGGUGUUGCCAUCAACCCCCCCGCCAAACAAAAUAAUAAGCGCCAAAGAAAUGCUGUCCCCGAGUCAUCUCCUGCUCCAGAUGACCCUAACCGGCCAAAACCUCGUCCUUUACCCCGAUGUUCCUCGGGUACGACCUUUGAGGACCAUGCUCGAAUCCUUGCUCGCCCUCGCAAACAACACUUAAAACCCACAGCAGACUCCGUCUCUUCUGGAAUGGAGUUGCAAAGCGACCAUCCCCCAGAUACACCUGACAUCGACGAUGACGUACCCGUUACGGACACUCACAUGGAUGAUGAUAUGAACGGUGGUAGCGACAAUGAUGCCGAUGAUGAUAUGACCAAUGAAGACCGUGAACACAGCCAGGCUAACGAAGAUGAGGAUGAGGAUAAUGAUGGCUCCUAUAUCGUUUGGAAGGCUGACGGUUGUCACCGUGAAGACAACGUAGAAGGUGAUAGCGACAACGACACCAAGGAUGGCGAUGAAGAGCCUGAGGGUGGCGAUGAAGAGCUUGAGGGUGGCGAUGAAGAGCCUGAGGGUGGCGAAAAUAACGAGGACUUCGAGACUUCACAAGCCAGGAGACUUCGGCCUCGAAGGGUCAAGAAGGGCAGCUACAAUUUACAUUUCUAUGAUGGUUCUCAAAGCUCUUCAUCGGAUACCAGCUACCGUGAAGGCCCCGCAACAUCUGAUCAAGAUUCCGCCCAUGAGUCAGAUGCAAACAACGACCUUGACCUCAACCACAACAGCCUGUUGUGGGUAACACAACAAAGGGAAGCAAAGAAAGCAAGGAUCCACAAAAUGAUGCUGAUCAACCCUGAUCAAAGGCGACAAAAGGGCGAUGGCUCGGAGCCGAAUAGGGAGCGCUCUAAGUAUGCUAAAUAUGGUCUGAUAAUGAAAAGGGACACACCUAGGAACUGGUUGGACGAUGGAUGGAUGCUCCUGGAUGAUGCACAAUGGAGUGCACUUAAGCGCGAGAAACGCGCUAAGCGCGCGCGCGGGAACGCGAAACGCGAAAGCGUGAGAAAGUGUUGCGCCUAUGAAACGCGAGUCUCUACACCGUCUUCACCGCCUGCUAAGCGCAGGAAAAGGUCUUCAGCGAUCGAAACUACCUUGGCCAACACUUCCCAAAAAACAGCUCACUCGACAACUGUUCGCAAGAAGCAUGCAUCUAUUUCACAUGGUGGCAACCCCACUCCAGCCAGUAUAGUCUUUGGCCCGACGCCGGACAUUGACAACAGUGAGAAUGAAGAUGAACCCUCAGGUCAUUUAAAGCGUAGACGGCUAUGUCAGGAGGGCAUCGAUGAGGCUCAGGAACUUGGACAGAAAACAGCAGAAGAAGCUCGGGUGAUUGGCGCCAAGUAUGGCAAGUCUGUGCGCGCUAUUCUCAUUGAGGCUGGUCUGUCCAUCAAGCAUUCACGAUCAGAGUCUGAUUGGAAUGCCCACCAAUGCUGGUUCAUGGAUAAUAACCCCCGCAAGGACAAAGAAUCUAUCAUCGACUGGAAAGAACGUCAAUGCAAACAUUAUCAUGCAAUGGGCAAGGAUGACGAAGAGUGGGACAUCAUUCACAACUAUAACGUUACUGGCGGCAAUACCAAUCAAUCACGCGCCAAGACCAUUUUGUCAAUGAGGGAGGAUAUUGCAAGAAAGUUGUCUGCUUAUUCUCGCCUUGAAGGAGUCGAGGCCAUCGGCUGUAUAUUUGAUACAACACAAGACGAGGCUGCUCGACAGGCAUCCGGCUUUGUCGCGGGCUCCGACCUCAUAGUCAAGUUGAUCAAUGAGCAUCAACUGGAUGCUCGCGCAAUAUUAGAUUGGGUCAUGACUGCAACGAAAGCGAAAGGCUACAAUAUAUCCGUGCCGCAGUUCAUGGGGGGAGUAGGGGCUUACGAGAUUCUACUUUCAAAGCCAAACGAGGCUCCCUGUGACCAUUACAGGAGGAUAUGGCCAAUUAUGGUACUCGAGCACACUUCGAAGUUUGGGUAUCAACCCAAAGCAGUCCAGUGGCGGAAGCUUCUUGACUAUGCUUUCCAGUACAAGUUCAUGAUUAAGAACUGGCCUGAAGAUGUCCUUCCUAUCGGUCCCGAAUUCAAUCCUCACAACCUAAGUUCUCAGCACCUCAAGCUACUUGUCGUUCCUUUCAUCAAGUGCAAAGUGCAUUCUUAUUAUGAGGCAGAGCUCCGCACUGAAGCUAAGAGCUUGUUAGAGCUAGAGAAAAAGAAGUCAAAGGGCAAGCGCCGAGGUCAGGGGCGCACUGUGGAAGACGUCAUGAGUGAAUUAGAUGUUGAUGUACCCGAGAUUGAGUUCGCAGCUUGGCCAGAUGAAUGUAUCAAGCAGCUCAAUGAUGAGGUGCCGGAGAUGUUCGACAUUCCCUUGGUGACCAGUGCCUUGGAUGUUGUGCUACGCAAGCUAGUAGACUCCGCCAAAUUUAAGGUGUCUGUCCCUGAAGAUAUAUUAGCAGCUCAUGAAGCACAUCCGGAUGGUCAGACUCCCUCUACUCAUGACACGCUGCCAAGUGAUCAUGAAUCUCCUGUCACUCCGAGCCCCCCGACCUUGCCAUCAAACCAACGUCACCCUACCAAUUUCACAGCAGUACAUCGCCGCGAGGACACUCAUCUUCCUCAAGUCCCAAAUGUGUUUGAUCGUGAAUCUCACCCUGUUCUGCCUACAAGCAGAGAUGAACCUGUCGGUGGUGGAAGACGACAGGCUAGCCUGCCGUUCAAGGCGAAGAAACCUUUACGGGUUGACCCUACAUUCAUGUGCUGCAUGGAGGAGAGUCCCGCUGACUCUCGUAAUGAUGCAGACUUGGAGCUUGCGCCCUACCCAGGCCCUCGUCGUGAGGACAGAGAUUUCGUUGCCCCAAACCGCCGCCGUGAAUAUUCUCGUUCACCUCCUGUAUACCCUCAGCGAGAUCCAUCUCGCUCAAGGCAACGCGAGACUUCUCCUGUCGCGCUUAGCGAUGAUGAUUCUUAUCCUGGACGUCCUGCUCACUCACGCUGGCAAAAUCAUGCUGAUGAUUUCAAUCAGAGGUUCCAAGUAAGGAGAGCUGGUGACUCUCAUUAUGAAGACGGGCCUUCGCGGUUUCGCUACUAA